AUGGAUAUAAAUUAAUCUAAAUAUUAGGGGUAAUAGAAUACACCAAGCAUAUAUGUAGAUUUUAAUGGGUACAAAUAAUCUAUUGAAAAUACAUUAUAAAAUAAUCAGAUUGGAUUUAAGUACUUAGAAUAAUUGAAUUUAAAGGCAUAAAAAAUUAUUUAAAAAAUUGAAUCUUACAUAUAAAAACUUAAAAUGUUCAACCCCUAUUUAAUCAUAUAUUGUAAGUUUACUUUUGACAAAAAAUUAUAACUUUAUAUAAACAACAAGAUAUUGCGCAAGAGUUUUAAAUUAACCCCCUCCUAGUGUAAAUGGUGUAAAAAUCAAAUAAUUAGAUUUGAUUAAAGCUUUAGAGGAAAUAUAGGAUUACGUUUUCAAACAAUUUUAAUAAUUUAGUUAAUAUGUCGAAAAUAAUUCAUAAUUAAAGGGGAAUAUAUAGAAUAAAAUAUAAUAGUAUUAUUCGAAUAAUAAUACUGAAAAAUAAUCACAAAAUUUUUACGAUUUAGCUGGAAAACAUCGAAAAAAAAAUGACUACUUAACUGAUAAAAACAGAGAGUAUAACCUAAUAUGCCGAGUUUUAAUUUUAUUUUGAUAAUUAUUUUCAAUAUUUUGAUGUUAUGCCAAUUCAAUAGAGAGAAUCGAUAUAUUAAUAAUUUAAAUAAUUUUUAAAAGAUCUAGAUGAUAAUCAAGAUUUAAAAAUUUUUACUCAUAAGUUUUUUUAAAAUAACAAUAUAAAAGUGAAUAACAAAAUAUAUUAUGUUAAUCCUGUAAUCAAUCACUAAAAUUAAAUUUUAAUUCCAAAAUUUAUAUGGACUGAUAUUUCUAAUUAUUAACUUUAAGGAUACAUCCUUUAUACAAUGAUUUAACUAUAAGAGUUUAAAUUAAAUUUUAACACUAUGUUACUUAUAUUACAGGAGUCAAGAUAGGAUCAUCAAAAAUAUUAGUAAUACUAAAUUAAGAAUUGGAGGUAAGUCCCUGAUUGA